GCGGAAGGUAAAUAAAUCGAUUGAAAUAGAAGGGGCAUUCGUGUUGUGUGUUUAUGUAAAAACAAAAGUAUUGUGCCUGCGGUUUUAUUUCAUAUUGAAUCCAUUUCGUGUAGUAUUGUUUAUUAAACGUAUGAUGCAGCAAGUCAUAUUAAUGUGUGUGUGUGCGAACAAGAGCAUUUAAAAAUAAAUAAAUACACAGACCUGGAUUAUGUAAUGGAACAAAGAAGUGCUGCAUGUUUAAAAUACAGAGCAACGACUUAAAAUAAAAAAGUGACGUUUUAACAAUAACAGACAAUAUACAUUGAACCGCCGCAUCGUUUUCAGACAGGGACAACGUUUGAUAAAUGAACACUGCGUACGUGUUUAGUUAUAAUACCAAAUAAAACAGUGCUGGUAGACAUGCUCGACUCCGCGGAGUUUCGUAAUUAGCGAGGCCCCGGAGCCCCGUUAUAAAUUGCCUUGUCUCUGAGAGGCACAGCAUGGGUCCGAGUUUGCAAGAGAGACCCGCUUCAGCGCUGAAGAAGUGCGCAUCCAAAGAGCAGAUCAGAAGCAAAGGACCUGGGACAGGCGGAUCAGCACCCAGCUCCAAGAAGGGGAAGGCCAACCAGAGUCACCGGACCCUGAAAAAGGCAGGUCUGCAGCCCAAGCAUGUGGCACCUCGUCAGGGCAAGGACCCAGCACAGGCUGAGCGGGGGACCCAGAAGAGAGGGAACAGGGCCAAACCUGUGAGCACCUCAUCCGCAGAGAGCUCCCCACUGCUACCUGGAGGCAGAGCUCGGACACCUGGCGCGAUAGAGCUGAAGCAGGCUGUGUCUACCUCCACGAGGAGCAAUAGAGGGAGAGACAACGGGGAAAGCACUGGAGAGUCACCUGGCUCAGGCAGGAACAGGCCCAAAAUGUCUCUUCCGCUGCCCCUCGGUGCCUCUGAACCCUGCCCUGUGCUGACAGAGAGGCAGCGGGUCCCCAGCAUCGAGACCCUGCGGCUGUACGAGGGAGAGGCAGAGGAGGCAGACAGCGCCAGCGACCUCUCGGACUCCGAGAGGCUCCCAGUGCCUCCCUCCCCCUGUUCGCCUCCUCAGCUCCACCUGCGGGCCGAGGUCUUUGACCCCAACGACCUUGACCCCUAUUUCCCUGGCCCCAGGGGGAACCAGAGUGGCUACGGCUACACAGACUUUCUGCCCCCUCCCUUCAACACCUGGAGCCUGCGGCAGCUGGCUCUGUUCCUGAACACGGAGGGGCGAUGCGCUUAUCGUCCACAGCCUGUGGGCCAGCUGGAGAAGUACCUGGAGCGCCUCCUGCAGCUGGAGUGGCUGCAGAUCCAAACCGUUGAGGCGGAGAACGGAAAAACAACCACCCCCGCCUCUGCCACUGCCAGCGCCCCCGCCAGCCGCCCCAGACCCCACACAGCUCCGGCUUGGUACCUCAGCUCGCCCAAGAGCAUCCGGCAGUGCCAGCGUGCCUUCCCCACUGCCUUCCUGUCCUGUCUGGGGAACGGCUCCGCCCCCCAGCUCUCCCGGGCGGCUUGCCCUCACUGCCGGGUCCGCUACCCCUUCUGUAACGGCUCCUGCCGCUCAUACGCAUACCAGCGCCACUCCCGGCUCAAUCCGGUCCAGCAGCGGAGUGGAGGUUCAGAGGCUCCACAGAAGAGGUGCAGCAGCGAGACGAGGGCUGCUGUUAACGAGGGGAGGGGGGCCCAGACGCAGGGGCAGAAACCAGGGAGCCCCUCCCUGCCGAACAGCCACCUGAGGCGCAUGCAGUCGACCGGCAAUAUCAGGAACCCGACACAGGCGGCAGGCUCCACUGCAAAACCGCAGGCUGCACCGAGGAAUGGCAGUGUUGGGUCCGCAGCUGGCAGGAACGGAAGACAGAGGGGGCCCGCAGUUGGGAAGAGGGGUGAUAUGGAAAGUGGGGUCCCCUUGGAGACUCAUGGGAAUGUGCGUGAGGGGAGUCCCCUGAGGAGAGGCGGCAAUGAGAGGCAGAGGGCCCCAGUAGGGGCGGCGGGCCGGGAUAUCAAACCGGGAGGACCGUCGGUGGGGGGGAAGGAACCUUCCCCUGUCUCAAAGGGCCCCCCCCGUGCCAAGUCCAACGGGAAAGUGAAACACGUCCAGUUCCUUACUAUAUAGCCGCUUACCAAAAGAUCAGGAUUCCUUCUGCACCCAACAACUUGAAGAAAAUGUUGCAAGGAUGUGUUCAUUAGGAACUGUGUUCAUUUUCAGUGCUUUCUCUGAAACUGCUCAAUUCAAACAAAAUUAUUUAAAAUGCUUUUUUUUAAUGUGCUGAAGCCACAUGUGGUCAAUCAAGCCUAGAUUUACAGUACAGCAAUUGUGAUUUGUAUCUUUUAUGUAGAGAGAAAAACACACCAGAUCGUACUUAUUAGGGGAGUACAAAUACAAGUACUGCAUUUAAAUACCAUUUCAAAAAGUUAAAUAACUUUUUAGAUACAGCAACCAUUUCAAUUCUUAUUAUUACAGUCACGAUGAAGUUUGAUUUAAGUAGUUACCGGAGCACGUAAACUAUUUGCUGCCAGUUUCGUUUUCAGGAGUGAAAUACAAUUAGUUCCCCCUUGGUCUGUCACUGAAGGGUUAGUAGGAUCGACUGAAAGUAUUUAGAUAUGAAUACACAUUUUGUUUUUUGAAGAACAGUGUGUUUGUGGUUUGUAUAAGAAAAAAAAUAUAUAUAUAUAUAUAUAUAUAUAUAUUUGCAUUGUCCUUUUUAAAUUGUUUUGUUUUUUGUAAAUAGCAUCUCUACAGAACAUACGGAAUGGACUGUAAUCGUGCAUUAAAAAGUUUUCAAUAACUUUUCUGAAAAAUAGUAGGCUUAAAGGUCCCAAUUGUAAUAGACAUUUGUAGUUUUAACAUAAAGCAGAAAUAAGAAGAAUCUAUUUUGUUGUGUCAUGUUGUAUGUUUGUAAACUUGGUAAAGUCAUAUUUCAGGGAUGGAAACGGCACUCGGUGUAUGGCUAGAAUUAUUUUUAACUCAUUGUUCUUAACUGUCAAAGGACUGAAAGAUGAAGAUUGUGAUAGGAAAUAUAUAUUUUUAUGUGUACUGUAAAAUAUUUUGUUGAAGAAAGCCAGGAAGCCUGAUUUUGUCUUUUUAGGAGGUUGAGAUAUACUUUUAUAUUGAUUGUUAAGGGAAAAAAUAAUCUCGUUUGUGUGUCUUUCAUACCCAAUGUGAGACUUCUGGUUUAUCUUAAUAGGUGUUUUUUUUUUUUUUACAUUUUCAGUAUUUUUUUUUUUUUUUUUCAUUUUAAUUAUUAUUAUUAUUAUUUAUUUCUUAGCAGACGCCCUUAUCCAGGGCAACUUACAAUUGUUACAAGAUAUUACAUUAUUAUUUUUUACAUACAAUUACCCAUUUAUACAGUUGGAUUUUUACUGGAGCAAUCUAGGUAAAGUACCUUGCUCAAGGGUACAGCAGCAGUGUCCCCAACCAGGGAUUGAACCCACAACCCUCCAGUCAAGAGUCCAGAGCCCUAACCACUACUCCACACUGCUGCCCCCUGCUGCUUUAAAUAUGCAAUCCAAUGUUGCAAACUUACUGCCCAGACCUUAAACAUUAAGCUUAGCUGCGGUCUUGGGAGCUAUGUUACAGAAUGUGAUUAAAGUUUACAUGAAGUUUUUGUUACAAUAAGUUGUUCCUUACUCUGAAUGUAUAUUCGGUGGGUUACUGAAAUAACUUAUUAUGGAAAGCACUUUUUUUUUUUUUUUUUUAGUGUGUAAUAUCUUUUUAUUUAUUGUAGAACUUCACACACAUCUUUUGUUGCACAGAAAUUAUUCUGAAAAUGACACACACACACAAAAACACAUUUACUAAUAAUUGGUUUACAUGGGUUACUUGUAGGGACCAAAACAAUGUCAGAAUCUAUUUGGUUCAAAACUUCAACCAGCUUCUAUUUAUUCUAGAACAUUUACACAUGUGUUUGUGACCAGUAUUCAUGAAUCAGGGAUGAAACGAAAAUGUGUACCUCAAGAGUUUGAAGGUUGUGUUGUGUAUUUGUUAAUCCUGUAUUUUAUGGGGGCUUUGGUGGUGUUGCUGUUUUUUCAAUAAAUCUGCCUAUUGUAAAGCAUGGCAAGCACA